GCAUCGAGACGACUACGGAAAUCGCUUUCCACGUCUAUCCAACAUGUCAGCUGAGAUUGUAGUCAGUCGGCAUCAUCGAUAACUAACACACGAUUUUCUGGAGCAACGGAAAUGAUAUACCGUCAACACAAAAGCUUUGCCUACUUACUUAGCCAUCUCAGCAACAACCAACGGAGAAUCAUGUCCGACAGGCAUCCGACCACACACAGUGUCUUGAAAUAGACUUAUAAGGGCAGCAUUAACCGGUCUGCUAUUUGAAAACUCAUUGCAUCAAAAAGAUUUGAGUAUACCGACGAGUCAGUGAACUUCAAAUGACAGCCACGGUCAUCCAACCCGCUGCGACUAGCAUUGAAUCCAUCUCCGACGAGGUCGAUAUCGUUAAUGCGCUGAAGACAGCCCAGAAAACAGAGCGUGAUCUGUAUGAUGAGUCCGAAUUUGACAGGAACAAAGACAAAGCCACGUUCCGCCAAUUCGAAGAUGCUUGCGACCGCGUUAAGAAGUUCUACGCGCAGCAGCACACCUUGCAAACACCCUAUUACCUAGAACUCAUUGAUGAGUAUUUCCCUACAAAGGUUCUAAGAUGGUGAUAGUCUUGAGUGGCUUGAGUGGGCCCCCUUACACCUUGUCCCAUGAAGUCAUUUUUUAUCUGGGGAAAAUCCU